CCGUGCCGCGUCCUGGCUGGCGCUCUGCAUACUGAUCUGCUGCUCGUACAGACACAGACCCCGCCCGUCUGCGGUGCACUGCCUGCCUCCCCUUCCUGUCGCUGUGCGCGCGCAGCUUUGUAGAUGUAUUGAGGCAGCGGCUCGCCGUUGACGCGCCUUGCGCCUGGGUCCGCAUACAUGCGAUCAAGUCCAAGCCCUCCAGAAGACGCGCACCACUUUCGCGGCAACACCCUGACACCUGAGUCACCCAAGCCCCUUCACCAUCCAUCGCCCUCCAACAUCCCCAUUCUUGAGAAGCAGAUGGACCCGAUGCUCGGCGAGCCCGCACUGAGCAUAGGUACUCCCGUCUCAUACCAACAGUAUCCGCAGCAGACACAGACGCCGAGCGCAAACUCUACCACGUCGUAUUACGCCGAUGCCUCGCAGAACGCGCAGAAUGCACCCGCUGUAGGCGCUGGUGUCCCCCAAGGAUUCGCAACGCAAGGGCAGACUGGGCAGCAAGAUACUUCUGCAAUGCACAAUUUCACACAGCCUUCAGCCCCGUUUAGUGACGCAAACCAUGCGCCUGCUCAAGACAACCGCAACUCAUAUGCCUUUAACCCCAACGCGUAUGCCAGCCAGCAGAACACCCAAGCCCAGUCUUCCAGUGUCACGAGCGUCGAUGUCCAGGCCUUGCUUGAUCAGCUGUCAACACCAGCAAAUGGCGCGGGCUCUAGCCAAUAUGCGCCACCCAAUGUGCCUCCCCAGCCCUCCCAGCAGUCCACCAAUGCUCCCUCAUCGCUCCCAGCCGCCCCCAACCUGCCUCCACGACCGCCGCCGCAAGAAAAACCGUCAACCCAUCCGAACUAUAAUCCCAAUGAUGACAUCCGGUCCUUCCAUCCACACAGCAGCCACCGAGGCUCCACCCAGCUACAGCCGUUAAACAUACGAGGUGGCGGAUCUGUUGGAGGCGCUGAUAAGAUGAGUCCAACGGCUACAUCUGCCUCUUCAGGCUACGGUCAGCGACACAACCAAGACUACAGCCGUAGCGCGUCACUCGGAGAUGAUGAAGACUCUCGUUGGCCGCCCGAAGUGAACAAGAAGUACGAAGAUUUCCUCGAGCAGGAGCGCCGAUUCGUGACCGACGGACAAUGGGAUCAGUUCCCAAUGGGCUCUAGGCUCUUCAUUGGAAACCUGCCUACCGAAAAGGUGACCAAGCGAGACAUAUUCCACCGGUUCCACCGGCACGGUGAUCUGGCACAAAUUUCGAUAAAGCAGGCGUACGGAUUCGUCCAGUUUCUCACUGCUGAGUCGUGUUCUCGGGCUCUACGAGCGGAACAAGGGCAGCAGGUGCGCGGCAGGAAGAUGCACCUCGAAAUCUCCAAGCCGCAAAGGAACACCAAGAAGGUCGAGCCAGGCCGCGAUGCUGGCCGACGACGUUCACGCUCCCCCGAGUAUAAUCGCGGUGGUCGAAACGCAAACCCUGUUUCUCCCCUCGACAAUCGACGAUUUCGCGACGACUACCGGCCCACACGGUCACCUUCGCCUCGCAGGAACCAGGGCUACCGUGUGCGAGACUCCAGUCCCGAUCGAUAUCGGCGUCGACGCAGUGGUUCCAGGUCACCCCGUCGAUACCGCAGUCCAUCGCCUCGAAGAGCCUCAACUCCUGACUUGCCGCUCCCAUUUCGGGCCCUACACGAGGUUCCUGAUGUGCAGGUACUUGUCCUUCACGAAGGGCUUCCGCGAGAUUUUAUCCGAUGGGUCGAAGAAACUUUCGAGCGUGCGAGUCUCCGCGUCAAUGUCCUCAUUUUGAGUCCACGGCUUAAUGAGAGCGCCGUCGUUAGAAGACAGAUCAUUGAGGGUGUUCUUGCAAUCGUCAGGCUGAACAGUGCUUCCUUGGCAAGAGGCAAGAUCGAUGUGCAACUCUUCGACCGGAGUCGUGGAAACGACAACGUCCAGUUCAACGAGUACACCGAUCUGGACCCAACUACGGCUGUUGCGCUGGUGGCCGAUGCCAAGCAGAAGAGUCGUUCUUUCCCUGUACAGCAGCCUGCACCUCCUGUAUACAGUCAGACGUACGGUGCUCCUGCAGCGAACCCUUAUGCUCCCCCUAUGCCGGCGACCAACUCAGCGAACCCACCUAAUCUAUCCAAUCUCAUCUCUACUCUGGACCCGAACAGCUUAUCUCAACUUCUCGGAGCUAUGUCUGGCAACGGUGCACAACAGGCACCACAAGCUCAGCCUACGAUCACGCCCGAUCUUGCGCGCUUGCUAAGUUCUGUCUCGACUCCUGCCGCCGCUCCUGCGUACAAUCCGCCGACAGCACAACAAUACGGUGCUCCCUACCCGCCUCAGCAGUCGCAGUCAACUGGCCAGGCACCGGUGAACCAGCCGGUCACCAACCAAUAUGCGAUGCCCCAGAACACGCAAUAUGCUAGCCAAUCAGCACAGGGGGCUAAGGUCCCAGACAUGGCCGAGAUCAUGGCCCAGCUUGCGAAGUACCAACGAUAGGAGCGCACGUUUGACACUUCGUAGCUACCCCGCUCCGACCAGCCUGCUUCAAAAUCGCGACAUUCUGCUGCCUCGGAUUUCCGAACUUGUUGAUUUUAACGUCGAGCGCUGCACUGUACCUCCAUCCCAGUACAGUCCAGCCUUCGCGCACGACGGCGACCUUCUACGCCGGUUGAUCAUGCUACCUCCUCACACCUACCGACGUGUGUUCCAUGCCAUUGUCGCUCAGCAACUACCCGGUGGCGUCAUCAUCCGGAAUUUAGAACAGCCGCGCCGAACUCGAGAUCCUCUUAUAGCGGUGGCACCACGUGGCGGCGACUUGGAAAAGUGCUCUUACGCAGACCACUUCACGGGUCCUGGUGUGGAGUGCGAACUCGUCGGCACUAAGGCCCCGGGCCCGACCCUGUCCCCGUCUUCUACUUCUAAGCCUGGUUCCCCCAAUCCAUCUUCCCUGAAGCUUCCGCAAC